AACAGGCCCUGCUCGCAAUCCUCGGGCAGGGCCAGGAGCAGGUGAGAAACAAUUUCGAACGAAAGAGUCGUUGGCCAAUCUUGUUGCGAGAUGGCUGCGGAAGUACACUCACUCGCUUGCUCACUUACUUACACACGACGACGACGACGAUGAAGGUGGGCUAUGGUGGCCUUGAAUGAUCACUCACUCACUCACUUACUCAUUCCAUAAUCAGCUUCACCAUGGCAUUGAAGAAGGCUCACUCAUAGCCAGCCCUACACUCCCCUUCGGUUACCUACACUGGCGCUGCGUUCUGAACUCUACACAUUCAUCGGUUGAUGCUUCGGAUCGCGGUCGAGCUCUGUUUUUUUCUGUUUUCUUUUUUUGCUCCUUAGGGUUUGCGAGUUGCAGGAAGCUUGUUACAGGUGUUGUGAGUUGAUGAUCGAGGGGAAGCGUAUGAGGACGGGUUUUGGUGAAAGUUAGUGGAGACCAUGACGACUGCGUUGGCGGUGUUGUGGAGUUGUGAGAAGUGGGCUGGAGCACAGGAAGCAGGGGAGUGGAUUAUGUAUGGGGAGGCGAGGGUGAGGAUGGAGUAGGGGAGUUACUUAUAGCAGACCGGACUGAGUUCAGCGUACGUCGACACGAUAGGGAAGGUCGUUGUUAUGACCAUGGGCGAGGAGAAAGCUUCGCCGUCGCGGUCGGGAGGGGUUGACAGGGAGAUGCUCAUGGCCGGACAUUGUAAUGACAUGGAGGAUCCUCCGAAGACUAGUCAGUCUUCACCUUCCGCUUAUCAUUCAGGCAGAGAGGCCUUUUAUGGUUUUCUUUCAAGCUGGGCAUCGAAAAAGUUCAUGAGCGGCUGUGUGAUUUUGUCGCCGAUUACGGUGACAUUCUAUACUACGUGGUGGUUUAUCUUGUUCUUCGAUAGCUUCUUUUCUCCAGUUUAUGACUAUCUUGGCAUGCAUGUGUUUGGACUUGGAUUUGUGACGUCCUUUGUAUUUAUAUUUUUGGUGGGAGUAUUUGGAGCAUCGUGGAUUGGAUCAUCCGUGAUAAUGGUGGGCGAAUGGUUCAUCAAGCGAAUGCCUCUUGUGAAGCAUAUUUAUUCGGCCUCGAAGCAGAUCAGUGCUGCUAUCUCUCCUGAUCAACAUACACAAGCAUUCAAAGAAGUUGCUAUCAUUCCUCAUCCUAGAGUUGGAGAGUACGCAUUUGGGUUUAUUACAUCCACUCUUAUUCUUCAGAACGAUUCAGGAGAUGAGGAACUUUGCAGCAUAUAUGUACCUACCAAUCACCUUUACAUCGGCGACAUUUUUCUUGUGAGUUCGAAGGAUGUGAUCCGACCAAGCUUGUCUGUGCGGGAGGGAAUCGAGAUAGUGGUGUCAGGAGGAAUGUCGAUGCCUCAAGUAAUCACGCCGAUUUCAUCUCCAACAAAUCGAAUUAUCGUAUCAAGGUGAAGUGCUAGCAUGUCCACUUCCUGGGUGGAGUGUGUAGCUCCUGAAACGCUCUGUGGCUCACAAGCGAAAGCUCUCAACCUACGGUUAGAAUUGUCAUUUUAAGAAAAGCAAGAUGAGAGGUAGGAUGGGCAUUCCCUGCUUUUCCAAUUUUUAUUUUUUUAUUAUUGGAUUUUCGGAUAUUUGGGGGUUCGCUUGAUCAAGCUAUCUUAUAUUUUUGCAUACAAGACGCAUCUCUAUUAGUAGGUGGUGUUCGCCCGUAUACAGUAGUGCUACAAUCUAACUAGCUCGAUGGAGCAACCUGGGUAUGUUUCAAUUUCACCUUUGUAGGCUCUUUCUUCAGGUGUACAAGCAGCACUUUGUGUCACAUCUAUCCCUUGGUUUGCACUUAUGGCCAGGGGUUUUCCUUGAACAAUUUCAACAGUCUGUAAAUGUUGGAGCAGGGAUCGUGAAGCACUACUACCGGAAUUUGCUAUGCAAAAACCUGCUGUUAAAUAAUCAGUUUGAUUGAGAACUUUCUCUUUUCUUCAGUUUGGU